AUGCGAGAAAUACCAGAGUGUUUGAACCGUCGUUAUCGGGCCGUGGAUCAUCUUAUCCAAGAUUUGAGUGCAGCAACAACAAAUCGAAAUCCAUGUUCAAUAGAGAUUAACUCUUCGUGUAACGUUGAUCGGGGCAUUAAGUUAAUGUGUGAUUUCUGGAACAUUCUCAAAGAAGACCCUGAUUGUAAUCUCACGCAAGCAGUUCAGCAAAAAAUUGGAUUAAGUAAAAAUGAAAAACAAUCAAGUAAUGUUUGGACGCCUCAGCGCAUGACUUGUUACAUGGCCAGUGGAUGCAGUCACAAAUCAGAAGGAGAUAGCGGCAGUAACAUUAAGAAAAGAACGGGUCCAGAUAUAAAUCCUCCGAGCAGCUCAUCUCAUUCAGUGUGUCCUAGUGUUUGUAAUGGAAACCUUCCUCUUAGCAAAGUUCUGCAUAACUUGAAAGAGGCAGCAUCUUUUGAAAAGACAUGCGCUGUGAAAUUAAACGAGCUUUUGAACACCGAGGAGCAGUUGAAAAAGGCGCUCCAGAACUUGGAACAACGAGAAAAGGAAGGUAUGAAGUUGUUGAAACAGGCAGAUUGCAUGUGGAUGUGCAUGGAAAAAGCGUACAAGAAAAAAGUAUCCGAAUCAUUAGAGCGCCAGAAGCUUUUGCUGCAACAGUUAAGAGAAGUAGAAAUAAGUACAUCAAAAUGGCGAAAGAAUAUGAAGGAUCUAGAAUCGCAACUUAAUAAUGUCAACAAAUGCCAAGAAGAAACGAAGGAGAAGAUCUCCCAAAAAUCUAACGAUAUUAAAUGUAUCGAAAUGGAAAUGGCAGAUUUACAAAAAAGACUGGAUAAUAACAAAAAGGAAGUUGAAGCAACUAAAAAAACAAUUCUUAUGAAUAAAGAAGUGUCAAACAAAAAAGUGGCAAAGUUAGCUGAAGAAGCAAAAAGACUAGAAAAAGUUGUUGCAGAAGAAAAGAAGAUGAAAAGAGAUAAAGAACUUGAAGGAACUAACCUUAUCAAAGAGGCAAGACAAGAUCUUCAAGAUAUUUCCGAGGUGUUAUUAAAGAAGAAAUUAGAAAACGACGAUUUGAGAGCGGAGAAAGCAGCUUUGCUAGCAGAGAUUGAGUUGCUGGAGCAAGCUCGUGAUCGAUGCAAGGAUAAAUGUAUGCUAAAACAGAGCACAUUAGAAAAUGAAAUAAAGAGAAUCGACGCGGAAAUUGCUGCGUGUAAAAUAAAAUGUAUAACAUGUAAUCAGUGUACUGAUACUUCCGAAAUACAAAAAUUUUGUACUGAUUGCCCUCGAUGUUUAGAAGGAAGGCGUUGCAUAGUUGAAAAUGAUCAUUGUAAUAUAGAUCAUACAAUGGAUUGUGUUUGUAUGACCGUGAAAAGAAAGUUCUUAGAUAAUGUCUUCGAAAAUAUGUAUAAUGUAUUAGUCAGACAAGUAAAAGAAGGUGCCGGUAAGGCGGUUGCUGACCAAGUUUUUAAUUGCUUAAAAAGAAGCAGAAACGGCAAACUUGAUGCGAAAACUAGGAAAGUUCUUCAACAAUUUAUAUUAACUAGUGUUAAAAGGCAUCUGAACUUGACAAUUGUUGGCGGUGCUGUUAAAACCAGAUGUGAGAUGGAGCCGGACAUCUACAAGCAACUGAUGAUUUGUCUGCAACAAGUGCAAGUUACAGAGCCAGUGAAAGUAGAUAAGGGAACCGUUUCCAAAAAGGCGCCGUGUUCCCGUUGGGGAGGUACCAACGAGUGUAACUGCCCCAAGGGUCCAAAGAGUUGUAUAUGUAUGAAAAAAGCGCCUCCGCCCAUACACGAUCCAACGCCGUGCCCACAGGAAGAUGAGGACAAGGAAGACGAGGAUGAUGUAAAAUUCUGUCCUCAUAAAGAUAACUUGAUUUGUGGACGGGAUUGCGGAAUGCACAGCAUGAAAACAUCACCUAUUGAUGAUGAAUUAUCCAAGUGGAUAGCUGACCCGUGUCAAGAUACGUCGUGCAAGUUUUCGAAGAAUAUGAGAACUGCGCGAUGUGUAUUUGAUCCAGAAUGUUCAGCUUCAGUUCCAACUAAGGAUUAUGGAUUUUUGUCUACAGGUGUAGUGAACGAGGUUAUAACACCUAAAAUGGCAAGUAAGCGUCUUUCUAACUACCAGAUUCUUGAGUGUAUAUUAGAAGACGACGAAGAAAGCAUCAUAGAUAGUCCCGAUGAAGAUGAGGGAGACGAUGAAGUGAUCCAGAGUGACCACAACUCAGAAUCUGAAGAAAGUGCCAAUGAAACCGAGUUAGAAUGGAGUGAUGACGAUAAUGAACCGCUGAGUAGACACGCAAGUAAAGAUUCUGAUAGCUUUUAUUUAUCAAAAAAGAAAUGCACAAAGUGGGCAAAAGAGCCGCCGCGUACUAGCGUUCGAGUUCGUAGACACAAUAUUAUGAGGGAAACACCAGGACCUAAGGGAGCAGCCAAGGAGAUACAUACAAUGUCAGAAGCAUUCUUUUGUAUGUUUUCAAUGGAUACUGUCAAUUUAGUACUGCAACAGACCAACGAUUACAUAAAAUCGAUACAAGUAAAAUUUCAACGCGAACGUGAUUGCAAAUUCCUAGAAUACGAAGAACUUUUGGCUUACCUAGGUUUGCUUUACAUGUCUGGUGUGCUGCGUUCAUCUCACUUGAACUUCAAAGAUCUGUGGGCUACCGAUGGAACAGGCAUCGAGUUUUUUCAAAACACAAUGUCAUUCAACAGAUUUCUUUUUAUAUCAAGAUGUGUUCGUUUUGAUGACAAAAAUACUAGAUCUGAAAGGCAAAAGACAGACAAACUAGCAGCAGUCAGAGAGUUCACUGAUUUGAUGAAUAAUAAUUUCAUCAAUAAUUACUCUGCAUCUGAAAAUGUCACCCUAGAUGAACAAUUACCUGCCUUUCGAGGAAGAUUUUCUGGUGUUGUUUAUAUGCCCAACAAACCCACGAAGAGUCGUCCUCGCGAGCUUCUUAUAGAAGAAGUUAUGGGAAAUAACGACGCUGUAACACUUGAGAGAAUAAGCUCUAUUAUAAGCUCUGAUUCAUCCACAACAAUGGCAUGA